CAGGUAAAGUGAUCGAUUGGUCGAGCCUGCGCAGGUAGCUCAAGGAGGAGGGGUGCAGUUUUGACUUUGGAGUAAACAAGAUCCCUUUUAAACAAAUUGGAAGCGACGAGCGUCUUCUGUGAAACACACCGACAACAAAUUGCUGUCUUUUUUUUUUACACCGGCGUGGGGUAAUCUGCUAAAACUGUCAAGAAAAAAGUUGAUGACGUUUCCCGAUUCUUAUCAGUGUAGACGUGGAGACACUUUCGAUAUUAUGCGUCGACGUUGGCUCCUGGUGUUAUAAACGGCUGUUGUCAGCGAGGGUUGAAGGGGACUUAGUGGACUAUUUAUGAGGCUGAAACUUUCUUUUGCGGCCUAUUAAUGCGUCUGUAUACACGUGGCCAUGUUCCUUCAUCUUGACCUGCUCCUCCUCGUCCUCUUCUUCACCUGCGCAGAUCUGGCCUGCGUCAGGAAGUUAUGCUCCAUCGAGGACGGCUCACCAGAGGCAGUUUUUGUGGAUGAAGGAGAGGCAAAUUCGUUCCUGGGUCGUCAUCUGCUGUUCAACCGGUUCGACUUUGAGAUAUUUGUCCCUGGAAACUUGGAAAGGGAGUGUUAUGAAGAGGACUGCAAUUACGAAGAAGCAAGGGAGGUCUUUGAAGAUGCCCAGGCUACUAAUGAAUUUUGGAAGAGAUACACUGCAGAGAAGGACAAGAGACCAUCAAGAGUUGACAUUACUUCCCUCCUGGUGGCACUGGUUGUUGUCGGAGUGAUCUUUGUUCUUGUGGGCCUAAUUAGCUGGAAUUAUUGUCCGGGCAAAUGUAAGGAUGACUACAGCCGAGCCAGCUCAGUUCGGGUUCGUCCUAGGAGGAGCAAUGCCUCCAUCAUCAUACGUCGGCUCGAGGAAGUGUCUUUACAGCCAGUCCUCCCACCCCCGCACCCCAUGGACGAAGUUGAGCCCCCGGGACUGCCCUCAUAUGAGCAAGCCAUUGCAAAAAGUGGACAACACGAUGCCCCACCACCUCCCUAUCCAGGAGCUGGAAGUAUUCAUCGGUAGAGUCUUCAGGAGCUUCACAUCUACUUUCACACUGUGCUUGUUGACACUGUACAAUGUACACAAAUGAUGACACGAUGCCUGUGCCGCCUGCUUAUCAUCGGGAUUGAGCUAUCCUAUCAAUGCUCAUAUGUUUUUUAUUCACUUUUAAUCUUGCGCUUCUAGAGUCUAGACCUGAAAAGUGUUGUCACAGGAGCCUAUAUUGUGCUUUUUGUGCACUACAAUCCCAACCUUCACUAAAUUGUGUUAGAUUUGAAGAGUAGUUCAAAUGACAAAUUACAGUGGUACCUUGACUUAGGAAUCGACCAAUUUACGCUUUUUUUAAGCCAUGGGGCACUGCUUAACCAACUUUUUCUCUGACUUUCGAGCAAAAUUUUGAGAAACAAGCACUAGAUGUGGCAGUGAUUUUUAACUCACUUCACAUCAAGCAACAAUUUGACACAUAAAAUAUUAACAACAAUCAUUUCUCCAUGGCACACACACUAGAAGGAGCAAGCGACCUGGAACGUAUUGAUAGCAUUUCCAUUCAUUUCAAUGGGGAAAGAAAAUUUGAGAUUGGAAUGUUUUAAAUUAUUGGUGUGAUCACGAAACAAAUUAAACUAGUAAGUCAAGGCACCAUAGUAUUAUAAUUUUUUACCUGAUUUAUUAGUCGUCAAAGUAGGAUCGAGCACUUCCUGUCACUUGCGACAGUUUAUUUUUUAACAUUAUUUUGUUGCAAUUGUGGGGAUGGUUUUGCUACUAUAAUUAUUGCUUUAAAUAUUUAUCAAGGUGAGUGUGAGACAGAAUGAUUUUCUGCAAAGUGCAAUCACUUGAAUGCUUUCUUCAUGGUAAGAAAAGAGCCUGCAGAAGGCAUUUAUUUACAUGACUUUAAAUGAAAAUAAAACAUUUUAAAAAUCAGCAAAACAGAUUUUAAGGCUUUGCCUAACCAGACAAAGCCCAGAUUAAAAUGGUGAUGCAAAAUAUAUUCAUCAGAAGGCACCAAGUUUGUUGAAGUUUAUCAUGCAUACUCAAAUCUUAUCUCGAGACUUUGGAUAAAUAAAUAUUUUCAUUCAA